GGUGUGAGUAUGUGUUUGGAUGAGAGUGGAAGCAGCAGAGAUUGAGGGCAUGAACAAAGCUAAACUUGUUUUUCUCGUUCUGACAUUUUCUUAACCAGGUAGGAAGUCUUCUUGUAAACAGCAAAGUUUAGUGUAGAAGCAUUCAGACACUCGUCCGUCUUUGUGACUGUGUCUUGGAUUUGAAACCCGAACCACAACAGAAGAUGUCAGCAAACCCCCCCCAGGUCAUGCCCCGGAGGUCCUCAGGUGCUCGAGUUACUCCCAAAGAACAGCCUCUGGGUGGAUUGGUUAUUCAUUCUGAACCUGGGCGAGAAAAUGGCACGAACAGGGAGUCAAAUGACUCAACUCAAGGGAACGCAGAAAGAGAAGUGGAGAUCCUAAAUCACUGCUUUGAAGAUGUGGAGAAGUUCAUUGCCCGUUUGCAGCAAGCAGCUGAGGCCAAGAGUAUUCUAGACCAAAGGGCAAAGAAGAAAUCCCGGAGCACCAAGAAGGGGAGCAAAGAGACAGGUGAUUUUUUGACAAAGAAAGCCUGCCCCCCAUCGGAGGAAGAAUUCACUUCAAUUUUUCAGAAAAUCAAAUACUCCCUGUGUCUGCUUCACCGUCUCCAAGCCUCCAUCGCACAACCGUCACCCUCAGAGCUGCUGCACCACGUAUUUUUGCCUCUUCAAUUGCUUGUGAACACAACUGGAGGGACAACAAUGGCUGCAUCUGUGGUCAGUCCAGGCAUGACCAAAGGUGCUGUUGCAAUGCUCCAGAACGAUCUGACUGCAGAAAACAAACAGCUGUGGACUUCUUUAGGAACCAACUGGACCUCCCCCUGUUCGGACAUCAGUGCUUCCACUUAUGCACCAGUCUUUUUGGAUGGGUGGCAGCCUCCUAAAUGUGACUCCACUGGUAAGAUAUUCCAAGAUCCCAUUCAGCUGCAGUUCAAACAUGAGGCUGCUAUGGAGCGUCAGCAGACACGGAGCCUACAGAAACCUAACGCACAAAACCACGGGGAAGCCGCUGAUACAGUAGAUGGAAAUGGACUGGCACCUGAGGGCACUAAAUAUUACCGCUGCAGUUAUGACUUUGUGGCCAGAAACAGCAGUGAACUCUCUGUGCUACAAGGAGAAAUACUGGCGGUAAUUAAUUCAACAAAGCGCUGGUGGAAGUGUCAGAAUCACUACGAUCAGAUAGGAUUUGUUCCCUACAACAUUCUGGAACCGGCACCUGACCAACACUUUCCAGAGAAACCCAAGACCAGGACUGCCUCUCAAAGUCAAACAAGCCCACUCAGUAGCAGUCCUGCAGCUUCUAGCACAACAGGCCAAGGACAGAUGAUGCUAAUGCCUCCUUCAAAUGCACCAGGAGAGGAGAGUGGACGAGUCUUGAUAAUGAAUGAUGAACUUCUGAGGAAGUUGGCUGAGAAGAGAGCCUCAGUUCACGAGGCAGACGGUCCUUCCACUCCAACGUCUCCUCAGCUGAACUAUCACUCCCAACCUACUGAGGUGAAGGCCUGGCUCACCGCCAAAGGCUUCAGCCAGGAAGCGGUCCACAGUUUGGGAAUUUUGAACGCAGCUCAGCUGUUCUCCCUAACUGAGGAGGAGCUGAGCACAGUGUUACCAGAAGAAGGCUCAAGCGUUUACAGCAGCAUUUUGAUCGAGAAGGCCCUCCUCGAGGAUAUACGCAAAGCUUCAGAGCAGCAAGCGUAGGCGGAAGAUGCGGAUGUUCCUACAUACCAGCAGAUGCAUUUGGGUGUAAAUAUGGUCAACUCAGAAUAAAACUUGCUGAUAUUUCUCACAUGUGCAACUAACAAAUGAACAAAAGACUCAGUGUUUUAUCAAAUUGAAUUCUUUGAUUUUUGUCAACUAUAGGCAGUCUUCACUAACAACUUUUGCAUUUACCAUCCAUAUUAAUAUUAUAAAACAGAUUUACAACUUUGCAUGAUGUUCUGAAACUCAUAACAUGUACAGCUUAAUUAAAAAAAAGAUGUUGCAAGAAGCA